AUGGCAUCGCUCUUCAGGGCCCUCUCCAGGACGCCAUUGCUCCUCAACGCAGCCCGCCCCUCUCUCGUAUCAACCACCACCGCCUCGCCAUCACAAUUCGUCCGCAACUUUUCUUUCGGCUCGACCUCGUCACCUUUGUCUCUCCGCAACCAUGUCUCUGGCUUCCCCUCGUUCCACCAUAACCCCACUUUCACCAUGUCACCGGCAGUGCGUUCGUUGGCAACUCCCAUGAAUAAGACCCAGCGCCGCUUCAACAGUCUGCAGCCCAAGAGGAUGAAGUACCGCAAGAAGCACAAGGGCAAGAUCCCAAUCCCAAUCGGAGGCUCGACCAAGGGAACCUAUGUCGAGUUUGGUGACUAUGGACUUCGUAUCAAGGAGGGCGCCCGCUUGACUGCCAAGCAGAUCCAGGCUGCUCACACCACCAUCCGCAGGAAGAUCAAGGCUGUCAAGGGAUCACAGAUCUGGACCAGAGUCUUCCCCGAUAUCCCCGUCACAUCCAAGGGAGGCGAGUCUCGUAUGGGUAAAGGAAAGGGAUCGGUCGACUACUUCGCUACCCGUGUGGGACUCAACCGUAUCAUCUUUGAGAUUGGAGGCGGCGGAAUCCGUCGUGAGCACGCCAAGGAGGCUUUGAGAUUGGCUUCGACGAAAUUACCUGUCGCUGUUGAGUUUGUGGUUAAGGCUGACCAGAUCAAGCCUCCUAAGAUCCCCCGUGCCAUCCCCGGCGCUGCCUCUGCCAAGGCCGUUACCCCUGCUGCUGCUGCUGCCCCUGCUGCCCCUGCUGUCGUUGCUAAGGAGGCUGAGGUUGUCGCAUAG